UAGCAAUGUUAUUGGCCAUCUAUAGAUAGACAGAUACUUGUUAUUGGUUGUUGCAAUAGUGCCAAUCUUCACUUUGUUCAGGCUUCGUUAUACAUUCUAUGUUUUUCUGGGCAAUGAAACAGCAUUAUAAAAUCGUGACAGACAUCGCAGAUUUUAAUUCAAUGGUAAACGAAUCUCGCGCCAGUUUGGAUUAUAUGAAAUGCAAAAUAAUGGAGGCAAUGGAUGAGAUCAAGGAAGACGUUAGCAAGGAACUCUGCAUUACCGAUCGUUUGACAAAACUUAGCUCAAGAAUGGCUGCAUUAUCUCAACGAUUCAACAUCGUUGAAGAGGGUGUGAUAGAGUUUGUACGUAUGGAUCAUAACAUGGAAAGCGUUAGAGUGGAAACACCGGCUAACAUAAACGAGGAAAUGGAUAAUAUACUUAAGAGUUUAAUCGAAAAGAAACAACAGCGAGAGAAACAUUGAAAUAGCUAGAUCGUUAGAUAUUAUCUUUUUAUUUGUAUUACAUUUUCACAAUAUUCUCAAAGCACACACACAUAUAGAACAAAUUAAUUAAAAUAUCGUACGAUAUUUAACAUUUGAAGUUUCGAAGUUUCAAUGAAGUCAUUGUAAAAGGACUCUAAUUUAUGUAAUGAUAUCCACGAAAUAUAAUUUUAUACUUAUGCUUUUUAAACGGGAUAUAUUUUAGUCUCGCAAUAAAAUAUUUUUCUAAUCAGUCAAGUAUAUUCAUCCUCGAUUCUUCGAGGAGAAUCUUGUCGUAACGUAAUUAAAUGAAAUAUUCAUUAUUUACAUUUAGUUAUAGAUACUUUCACAUCGAUUCUUAUUAUUAAAUUUCGUUAAUGAUAUUUGACACAUCUUUAUUUUUUUUUUUUUAUAUUUGAUGUUUACGUUAAGUUAAUAUCUAUCGAUAUGAAUCAUUAUAAUAUCAUGUGAGAUAUAUUUCCAAUAAAAUGGAGAACGUUAAAAGAGUAUUCCGAUGAUAUUUCUAGUUUGAUGAUUUAAGGUUGUUGUUGUUGUUGUUGUUGC